AUUUUCUAUAUCACAUUCGUUCGAAUGAGUUUGAAAUGAGUUUCGAAUGACUUUCAUUUGAAUAUUUGCCAUUGUCAUUGAUUGAUCAUCAUCAUUCAUUUUUAAUCAAUCAAUUAAUCAAUCUGUAAUUUUCAAACUUUAUUUUUUUUCUUUAUAAAAUUUAAAAAUGGUUCAUCCAAUAAAAUCAUCGUGUCGUUUAUCCAAAGAAUUCAAUAAAGAAUUGGAUGAACUUAUUGAAUAUGCAAAUAAAUUUGAACAACAACAAAAUGAUAUGAAUGAAGAAAUGAAACGUCUUCAAAAUGAAUUUGCCGAUCGUGAACGAAUGCAUUUGGAUCAGAAACAAAAAUGUAUCAACGAAUGUCGUUCAAUCGAAACUGAAGCAAUGGUAUUGAUGGAAGAAUUAAAAUCUGUUUAUGAAGAAAAAAUCGACAGUAUUAAAAAGCAUUAUGAAAAACAAUUCAUGUUAAUGAUACAAAAACAUAAAUCCGAGAUUCAAACAUGGCGCAUCAAGUAUGAAUCAAUCGAAAAAACCAUUAAAUCAUCAUCAUCAUCGAAAGAAACGGUAAAAAAUGAAAAAAUCGAUCAACAACAAGAACAAAAAUUUAAAGCUGAAAUUAAACGAUUGGAAGAACGAAACGAUGAACUUGAACGUGAAAAUAAACAUCUUAAAACACGUGUAGAAACAUCGGAAAAUCGUAUUGAACAGAAUGAAGCACAAAGAAAAACAAUUGAAAAUGAUUUACGAAAAUCAAAACAUGAAUGUAAUGAUCGAAAUGAAGAAAUUCGUAAACAAAAAUUGAAAAUUACCGAACUUGAAAAGGCUAUCGAUAAGCAAAAACGGCAAUCGGAUGAAAAAGAAUCGAAAAUUUCUGAAUUACGAAAAAAGAAUGAAAAGCUUGAAAAAGAAGUCGCAGAAAUGGCAACACCAAUCAAAUCAACAUCGUCAACAACAUCGACAGCCGAAAUAAUAUUACCACAUGGUAAAAUGAUGGAUGAAAAUUUCACUAGCGGUUAUGGUGGUCUUUACAGUAGCAGUGAUAAUGAUAACGAUGAUGUUCAAACAUUGAAAUCAAAAUUGAUCAUUAGUGAACGUGAUAUGCGUGCUGUUAAUCGUAAAUUGGAAAAUAAGACUGAAAUCUGUAAUAUUUUACGUACCGAAUUGAGUGAAAUUAAACAGAAAUUAACUGAUUACGAAAAAUCAUUAGUUGAUGAAAAGAAACGUUCGAAUGGUUAUUCCGAAAUGGUUUCAACAUAUCGAUCUGAAUUGGAUCAAAACAAACAAGAAAUUGAGCGAAAAGACACCGAAAUUGUGAACCUGAAAUGUUUGGUCGAUGAAAAUAAUAAUAACUUCAAUCUGAAAUUAAAGGAAUCAUCCGAAAAUGAACGAAAAUUACGUUCGAAAACUGGUGAACUAACCAGACGAAUCGAUACAUUGAUGAAAGAAGUUGAAACAUGUAAACGAAAAAAUGCUGAUCUACAUUAUUUGGUGGAUAAAACAACAAAUAAUUUGAAUCAUUCGAAUAAUGAAAAUGAACAAUUAAAGAACAAGAUUGAAAAAUAUCGUAAACUAUUGAAAUGUUGUGAAGAACAACUGGAUCAAUAUAACAUAAAAUUUCCAACACUUUUACAUCAACAAAAAUCACAAUCAUCGGAUGCUAUUUCUGUAUUGAAUAGUCAGCUAAUGGAAUUGAAAAAGAAGAAUGAAACAUUACGUAAUGAAUUGGAAGAAUUACAAGCUAAAUUGAUUGAACAACAAAAACAAACAGAAAUGAUUGUGGAAAAUGAAAAAAUGGAAAAUAAUCGUCUACAACGGCAAUUAAUGAUUGAACAAUCUAAAACUGAACGACUGGAACAUGAAAUGAAUGGUCAGCAAGAUAUUUUUGAUAAUAGAGAACAAGAAUUGGUUGCCAUCAAAGAAGAGGCUGCUGGACAUAUAACUAAAAUUUCACAAAUAAGUAAAGAACGUUUAGAAUUGGAAGCAAAAUGUGAAUCAAUGGCCAAUGAUAUUGAACUGUUGAAUGAACGUUUACAAUUGUUGAAUAAUAAUUUGGAACAAAAAUCUGAAGAGAUUUAUCGUCAUGAAGAAACCAUUUCACAACAAUUGAAACUAAUUGAUUUUAUACAAUCCAAUUGUAAAUGUUUGGAGAAGAAAAAACCAUUCAUGUUAUUUUCAUUUGGUUCAAAAUUAAUCAAUGGUAAUCAAUCAUCAACAAAAUCAUUGACUGAAGAAUUGGAACGUAAAUUGAAAAAUGAACGAGAAAAGAAUAAUUUUUUAAAUGUACGAUUAAAUGAAAUGAUUAAUGAAUUGGAUGAACGUACUAGUUAUGUUGAAAAAUUGAGAAAAGAAGUUCGAAAACUUGAAACACAAUUGAAGACCAAAAGUUAUUUCGAACAAAUGGGUGGUGAACAUAAUUUCACAUCGAAAACAAUAAAAUUAUCAGACAUUUGUGUUGCUUGUGCUAAAUCAAUAACGAUUGGUUCGAAAGCAAAAAUUUGUAAAAAUUGUGGUGCCACCAUUCAUAAUGGAUGUCGUUUAUCAUAUAAUUGUGGCCUAUCACUUGAAAUGGUACGACUCAAAUCAUUUGGUCUUGGUAUGACACCUAAUCAAAGACCGGAACAUCAAAAUCGUCCUUAUGAUAGUAGUUCAAAUGAUUAUAAUGAUGAUAAUGCAUCUUCUAUGCUUGAUGAUAAUGAUAAUGGUUCAAUUAUAACAUUUUUGCCGGGUACUACAACAACAAAUACGAAUACCACGACUACAGAUGAAUCAGAUAUAAAUUCAAUAAAUAGUUUUCCUCAUCAUAUGAUGGAAGAACCAUCGGCACCGGAACAUUCAAAUUAUUGAAAUCGAUAAUAAUUUAUUCAUCAUCAAUAACAUUCAACAAGUUAUUUUUUUUAAUACA